AUGGCUUGCUGGAGAACUGGGCGGCCUGCGACAGUCUCGGCCCCAACAUCAGCACCCUUAAGAGGAAGUUGCUUCAUGCGCAGGGGAUACUAUACACCGCGCACGGCAGGGACAUCACCAACCCUGCGCUCAAGGACCAGCUGCACAUGCUGCGGCAGCUGGCGGACGAGGCGAACGACGUGCUCGAUGAGCUGGACUACUUCUGCAUCCAGGACAAACUCGACAGCACCUACGAUGCCGCUGAUAACCAUCCCGGGGGCUGCAUCCACAACCUCAACCUCAAUGUGCGGCACACUGCCAGAGCUUUUUUUGCCAAUAAAUUCAAGAUUUCCCCAUGCUGGCAUGAUGCUAAUGGCGACGAUCUUGACUCCCAAGAAGAUGAUGCAAAACAAGGAUGCCUAUCUGUUGUCCGCACAUGCGGCGGGAAGCGUGUUGUUGGCAGUGGAUGCAUACCGAAGGGAGUCUCUAGUGGUGCUGAUGUCUAAGAAGAUGGCAGAAAUUGUACAACAGCUGGAACCAAUGUGCGCUGAGGUGAAGGACAUCCUUGAUCUGGAGCUCCGCAAACCUACCCAAGGCAGCAUUACUGGAAACAGACCCACAACCACCCCAGCAAUAAUAGAGAUUGAGUUAUUUGGAAGGAAUGCUGAGAAAAAGGACAUUCUAGAUGGCAUUAACAAUGGAAAAUAUUGUACCGAUGGGCUCACCGUGCUUCCAGUUGUUGGCCCAGGGGGUAUUGGGAAGACGACUUUCAUACAACAUGUUUAUCGAGAAGUGAAGAGCUCUUUUGAUGUUAUGAUUUGGGUAUGUGUGUCUCUGAGUUUCAAUGCAAAUAGGCUGACACAAGAGAUUGUGCAAAACAUCCCUAAGGUUAAUGGUGAAACGGAAAAUACUGUUGCAGAAGAGCUUAUUGAGCAGAGGUUAAGACAUAAGAGAUUUUUGCUCGUCUUGGAUGAUAUGUGGAUAUAUCAUGAGUAUGAGUGGAAAAAACUGUUAGCUCCCUUUGAAAAAGGACAUGAAAGAGGUAAUAUGGUUAUUGUCACUACCAGAAUUCCAGAGACAGCAACAAUGGUAAAAACAAUUGAUUAUCCGGUAGAUCUGACUCGCUUAGGAGCUGAUGAUUUUAUGCAUUUAUUUGAAAAAUAUGUAUUUGGCGACCAGGAGGCAUGGAAAGAUCAUCCUAAAUUGCUUGAUGUUGGUAAAGAAAUAGUGGUCAAUUUGAAGGGUUUCCCUCUUGCAGCAAAAACUGUAGGUAGAUUACUGAGAAACCAACUUACAUUGGACCAUUGGACAAGAGUUUUAGAAAGCAAAGAAUGGGAGUUACAAACUAGCGACUAUGACAUUAUGCCAGCUCUGAAGCUAAGCUAUGAUUACCUCCCUUUCUAUCUUCAGCAGUGUUUUUCCUAUUGUGGUUUGUUCCCCGAAGAUUAUGAGUUUGGUAGCAAAGAGUUGGUUCACUUAUGGAUAGGGCUUGACUUUUUAGAUUCAUGUGAUGGAAGGAAAACCAUUGAAGAUGUUGGGUUGCGAUAUUUAAAUGACUUGGUUAAUAGCGGUUUUCUCAAGAAGACCGAAAAAGAUGAUGGCAGCCAUUGUUAUGUUGUUCAUGACCUACUGCAUAACUUGGCAGUGAAGGUUUCAUCAUCAGAGUGCCUUAGCAUAUCAAGUUCUAAUGUGAGAUAUGUACACUCUUCCCUAUCUGUACGUCACUUGUCUAUCAUUGUAAAUGAGAGCGAUGUCAACGACAGAUUGACCUUUGAUGAUUUUAAGAGCGACUUGAGUGCAUUACAUACAAAGUUGAAGGUUGAAAAGCUACAAACUGUGAUGCUAUUUGGAAAAUACCAUGGAAGCUUUGCAAAGGCUUUUGGUGAUUUGUUUGCAGAAGCAAAAGCCCUUCGUGUUAUUCUUUUGUCUGAAGCAUCUUAUAGUUAUAAGUUGGAGGAUGUGUUCCACAACAUUUGGAGAUUUUUCCAUCUUCGCUACCUAAGGAUAAUUGCAGGAGAUUUGACAAAAUUAAGUUUGAACAGCAAUAUCUCAAGAUUUUAUCACCUGAGGGUCCUUAAUUUUCAACAAUGCAAUGUCAACCUUGGUCCUCUCAGAGCAAUAAGCAACCUUGUAAAAUUGCGGCAUUUUCUUGUCAAGGACAUCGGUUUUGAAUUAAAGCAGAUAGCACAGUUAGCAGAGCUUGGUGGGUUGCUGAGAAUCCAUAAUAUUGAGAAUGUUGAACGAAAGGAAGGAGCGAACAAAGCAAACUUGAUACACAAAAACCACUUAGAGAAGCUAAUAUUGCGAUGGGGUGUUUAUGGGGACAACGCAAAUUCUGUGCAAGAACAGGUUCUCGAAAUUCUAAAACCACAUAGCAAUCUCCUAGAUCUGCACAAUGAAGGGCAUAGAGGUGCUGCUUGCCCGUCAUGGCUAGGUGGGAACCUCUCGGUUAAAAAUUUGGAAUCUCUUUGUUUGCAUGAUAUAGGUUGGAAAACUCUUCCACCUCUAGGAGAGUUGUGGUCUGUUGGUGAGCUUGGUGAAGAGCGUCAAAGUAGUAUCCCAAGUCAAAGUUUUCAAAAUCUGAAAAGGCUAGAAUUAGUUAAAAUACCAUGGUUGAGAAGAUGGGUUGAAAAUAGCACUUGUCGUUUGUUCUCUCAGCUAGAAGUGCUCAUUGUUAAAGGUUGCUCUGAACUUGUGGAGCUGCCAUUUUCACGCUGUCAAUCAGAGCAAGAAGCUGCAAACAUGACUUGGUUUCCUAGAUUACAGAAGCUCGAGAUUAUGGACUGCCCGAAACUGCUGUCAUUGCCUCCUAUCCCUUGGACUCUUGGUCCAUGCUCUGCCGAGAUAAUGGGGGUUGGAUCUGGUUUUGAGGAGCUGUGGUACUCAAAAGAACACUCGUCUAAACUAUUAAGCUUGAGUAUUACGGGGAAGGGUGGUCAAGAUGGCAUGUUCUGGAAUAUUUUAGCAUUCUCUAAUCUAGCUGAUCUAAACGAGCUGCGCUUGAAGAAUUGCUCUCCUUUGCCAAUGGAUCAUCUCCAGAAGUUAACAUCACUGAAGUCCCUCGAAAUAGAAAAUUCGAGUAAUGUCCUGUCGCCGACCGACAGUGAGAGUGAUGUCACAUACAAGAUACCAAUCGAAUGCCUCUCGAUCAGGUUUUGUGGUUCUGGUGAGAAGGAAUUGACACAGUUGCUCUCUCAUUUUCCAGAUCUCAGCGAUUUGGCAAUACUUGAUUGUGAAAAGAUAACAAGGGUUGGUGUGGUGGAGCAGCAGCAGCAGGCGACAAGAGGAGAGGAGGAAAUAGCGCUAGCAGCAGGAGAAGAAGCUGGACUUUUGCUCUCCUCCUCCAUCACCAGCUUAAGCUUUAAUCACAAUCAUGAGGUGGAGCGCUUCACUAAGGAGCAAGAGGAUGCCCUUCAGCUCCUCACCUCCCUGGAGUACCUCAGUUUUCUAAAGUGCGGCAAGCUGCAGUGCCUCCCGGCAGGGCUACAUAGACUUUCUAGCCUCCAGACAUUGUGUAUUCAGCAUUGUGAGGCCAUCAAAUCGCUGCCCAAGGACGGCCUCCCAACUUCUCUGCAAUUUCUACAUAUCAUAGGCUGUCCUUCCUUGAAAUCGCUAACCAAGGAUGGCCUCCCUUCUUCUCUGGAAAAAUUAAGCAUCAUUGAUUGUCCUGCACUGAAAUCACUGCCCAGUCACGGCCUCCCAGACUCACUGCGAGUGUUACAUGUCGAAGAUGAUGGAAACAGCGAGGAGCUAAUGAGGCAGUGCCGCAAGUUGAAAGGAAUCAUUCCAAUAAUCAUAGACUGA